AUGAAUUUUCGGUUGCUCACGGAACUGAAGAGCUACCUGAAUAACCCGGAUGAAAUCGACAUCUGCCAAUGCCAGGAACCAGAGUGCACUGAUAUAAUUGACUUGCAAGAAUCUGUGCAGUGCAUGGCCUGCGAGAACAAGUUUUGUCAUGAAUGUGCUCAUGCUGAUCAUGACGAUGCAUGCGCUGACUGCCGUGGAUUCUUGUGUUCUCUGGCCAACUGCCCGGGCGAAGAGUACGCGGUGGAGCAUCUUCACUUAUGUGAGGUUUGCGAAGAGGAGUUCUGUGAUGAUUGCAGGUUCGUGUUUCAGUGCCACGGCAACGAUACCAACAGGGGAUGCUUGAAGUCGACUUGCGAUGAGUGUAGCGAUAUGCACCUUUGCGAUGUCUGUGGAGGAGCGUGGUGUGAUAAAUGUAAUGAUGGUGGUGGUGCCGUCGAGAUUUGCUUCGGCAGCGGAAAAUACGACCACAAAAACUCACUGAUGAAGUACAGUCCGGGAUGCAGCAAAUCGAUUUGCGAAGCCUGCAACACCGACACGACAUCUGGGAGAUGCAAUUUGUUUGAUUGGUGCGACUGCUGUGAUGGCACAUGGUGCAAAGACUGCACACCAGGCACGUUUCGCUGCAGCUGCUGCCAGAGUUCUCACUGCAAAGACUGCAUGCGGUACGGAUGUGAUGGAUCCCCGAUCAAGGAUUACCACUGUUGCGGAAGUUACGCUUGCGAAGUUCGCUGGUGUGAUGAUUGUGUUGAACGCGGGGCGGACGGUAUUUGCAUAUGCAGCAGUGAAGGUUGCGGCAACAUGUCGUGCGGAAAUUGCGCUGCAGACUUUGAAUUCUUCAUUUGCCCCUGCUGCGAAGAUCCGUUCUGCAAAAAGUGUAUUCAGGAUUUAAGUCCCUGCAAAGACUGCAAGAAGUCACAGUCACUGUGUAGGUGA